UCUUCGUACUCUUCUGUUUCGAUCUAUGACAUCCCACCACGUGGCUUCCUCGCUCCCCCACCCUUCCUUCCUGUCCUUGCAAAAAUAAUCACCAUAACUACAAUAAUCCCAAGAUCCCCCGGAAAAUAUCCAGCCCCAGCUACUCAUUUCGAUUUCAAGAAGCUCCAAAAGAACAGAGGACAGAGGGUUUCUUUUUUCAGUUUAUAGAGCUUUGUUUGCUUUAAAGAAAUCAUUUUCACCGACGAUCCGUUUUCGUUUCAAGAAGCUUCAAGAGCACUGAGGACAGAGAGUUUCUCUUUUCAGUUUGAAAAGAUGGCUCAAGACCCUUCUUCUGGUGCUGAAUCACCUCGGCGACGUUCUGGUCUUUUGCGGGAUCAGGUCCAGCUGGUUAAGAGAAAGGACUCUGAUCGCCAUGAAAUUGUCCCAAUUGAAGAUCCACUGUCGUUUGAGAAAGGUUUCUUCAUUGUAAUUCGCGCAUGCCAGUUGCUGGCUCAAAAGAAUGAAGGCUUAAUAUUAGUAGGAGUUGCAGGUCCUUCUGGAGCUGGGAAGACUGUGUUCACUGAGAAGGUGCUCAACUUUAUGCCCAGCAUUGCUGUCAUUACAAUGGACAACUAUAAUGACUCUAGUCGAAUUAUUGAUGGGAACUAUGAUGACCCACGCUUGACAGAUUAUGACACAUUGCUUGAGAACAUACGUGAUUUAAAAGCAGGGAAACCUACUCAGGUGCCGAUAUAUGAUUUCAAGACUAGCUCUCGCAUAGGUUACAGGACAGUUGAAGUCCCUAGCUCCUGCAUUGUGAUAAUUGAAGGCAUCUACGCCUUAAGUGAAAAACUACGACCUUUGCUAGAUCUUCGUGUCUCUGUCACUGGUGGAGUUCAUUUUGACCUUGUCAAACGGGUUUUACGAGAUAUUCAACGUGCUGGCCAAGAGCCUGAAGAUAUAAUUCAUCAAAUCUCCGAAACGGUAUAUCCCAUGUACAAAGCUUUUAUUGAGCCUGAUCUCCAAACAGCACAUAUAAGAAUCAUCAAUAAGUUUAAUCCUUUCACUGGAUUUCAGAACCCCACUUAUAUACUAAAGUCAACAAGUGCUGUGACGGUAGAUCAAAUCAAGGCCAUUCUUACUGAAGAACAUAAGGAAACUACAGAGGAAACAUAUGACAUAUAUCUACUACCGCCAGGUGAAGAUCCUGAAGCAUGUCAAUCAUAUCUGAGGAUGAGGAACAGAGAUGGCAAGUACAAUCUCAUGUUCGAGGAAUGGGUUACAGAUAGUCCAUUUAUAAUAUCACCUAGAAUCACUUUUGAGGUUAGUGUUCGCCUUCUUGGAGGGCUCAUGGCCUUGGGGUAUACAAUUGCGACCAUCCUGAAACGGAGUAGCCAUAUCUUCUCCAAUGACAGGGUGAGCGUGAAAAUUGAUUGGCUAGAACAACUUAAUCGGAAAUAUGUUCAGGUGCAGGGAAGAGAUCGUUUACAUGUUAAGUAUAUCGCAGAGCAGUUGGGUUUGGAUGGUUCAUAUGUUCCUCGAACUUACAUAGAACAAAUUCAGCUGGAGAAGCUUGUUAAUGAUGUCAUGGCAUUGCCAGCUGAUUUGAAGACAAAGCUUAGCAUAGAUGAUGAUUUUGCUUCAAGCCCUAAAGAAGCCCUUUCACGAGCCUCUGCAGAUAGGAGAAUGAAGUAUCUCAAUCGAUCACAGUCAUACAUAAAUCAACGGGACAAGAACCUGCCCAAGCUGACAAAGCUUUCUGUUAACAACAGAAGGUUUGAUGGGAGAACCCCAGAAUCACCUGCAGCACUUGCAAAUCAAGGAAUUCUCACUCAACUCUCGGAACAAAUUUCUACACUGAAUGAGAGAAUGGAUGAGUUUACAUCUCGUAUUGAAGAAUUGAAUUCAAAGAUCUCUAUCAGGAGAGUUUCAGCUAGUCAACAAAGCUUGGCUCUGCAGGCUGAAGCAUCCAAUGGCAAUGGACCCACUUCUCUUUUUGCAACUGGCUUGGGGAAUGGUUCAUUGACUGGGUCGUUAAUGCCCAACUCUUCAUCUUCUUCCCAAUUGGCUAGGGAUUCCCCACUAAUGGAAGAGAUACUUCUUAUUACCCGGGGACAACGGCAAAUCAUUCAUCAACUGGACAAUCUGACCACUUUUCUGCAUGAGUACAGGGGAGAGAGAUCACAACAUGGAAGAACAGAUCAUACAAACAGAGCGAUUGAUGCCGAUUCCAUCAGCUUCCCUCUUAUUCUAACUUUGGCAAUUGGUGGUUUAGGUGUCCUUUUAUUCAGAGGUUUGGCAUCUGAAAAGUAAUCUUCUUUUUCAGCAUCCAUUGACAUUUACACGAUCAAACUUUAGCGUAGAGAGAGAGAGAGAGAGUGAUUUGAUCAUUGAUAGUUCCAUAGUUUCGGAGUUGUAGCAAAUCUUGAGUUGUAGUCAAUAUUAUCUUCCUUGAUACCUUUUUUCUUAAA